CUUGGGUGAGAUUCUGUGAGAACUGCCAACGGGAAAUCCUCUAUGUCGUGUAUGAUCUGCAAGUAAGGGGGAAAUGACGGACGAGUGGAACCGAGGGAGGUGGGUGAGUGAGAGUAGGCAAAUGGGUCCUAGGGGCCCACUCAGGUACCGAUAAUCGCCAGCAAUAAAUCAUGGUCAUCUCGCUUGGUCUCUGCCACUCUGUCGCACUGCUUGUCAUUGGUUUUCUUUAAUUUCUCUCUCACUAUUAUAACUGGCCAAGCUAGCUCUUGGUCGUUCUUCACCUCCCUCUGUCUUUUCUGCGCCCGCUCUAGUUCGCGUUCUUUUCUUCAAGCCUACCAGCGAAACGCGAAUCGGCCAGCCCAACACAUUUUCCCCGAUCCAACUGACCAUGUACACAACUUGCUCUCUCUUGCUCGCGCUUGGCUUUCUUCUAUCUACAACCGAUACCACCGUCUCCGCACGUCCAUUAUCCCCCGGUUCCAUCCUCUCCGUUCAACCUCGUCACAGGUUACGAGCGGACUUGCCUUCAAUCUGGACCCUCGCAAACUCAUGCGUGCAAGAUGGAGAUGGAACUCAACGUCUGCUUUCGACGAAAAGCAACCUAAAUAAUGUGACCGUCGAUACGUGCCUUUCCGCGUGUGAUUCGGCAAAUUUUAAUUUUGCUGGUGUUCAAUAUGGACAAGAAUGCUGGUGUGGGAACAGUUUGAACAAAGGGGCAGUUGUUGGACAAAGUUUGAAUGCCAGUCAGUGUGAUUUGGCUUGUAAUGGGGAUGCGAGCCAGAAAUGUGGUGGCUGUUGGGCUUUAACUCUUUUCCAAAAGAGCGGAUCGUCAUCCUCGUCCUCACCCUCGCCUUCGCCUUCGCCUACAAGCCUUGGGUCAUCCUCCACCACUCCCGCUACCUCCGCCCCCGCCGCCACCACCACCUCCGCCAUCCCCGCCGCCCCCACUUCUCCGUCACGUACCCCCGCGUGGUCCGAAUUCCGGCUUGUCGAAGAACAUUCGGGUUCAUCCUUCUUCGACAAAUGGACCUUCUUCACCGGCGCAGAUCCCACAAAUGGAUUCGUCAAUUAUGUCUCCAAAGACGAUGCCCUGUCGAGCGGCCUGGCAUACGUCGACCAAGCGACCGGACUGGCCGUGAUGAAAAUCGAUUCAACGACUCAAUUGGCAGCGGGCGCAAAUAGGAACUCGGUCAGGAUCUCGUCGACGAAUACGUAUAAUCAGGGGUUGAUGUUGUUUGAUAUUGUGCGCAUGCCUUUUGGGUGUAGUAUUUGGCCUGCUCUUUGGACUGUGGGGUAUGAUUGGCCUAAUGAGGGAGAGAUCGACAUCAUUGAAGGAGUUAAUAAUUCAACGAUGAACCAAAUGACCCUUCAUACCGGCUCUUCCACAAGCUGUAACACUAACUCUGUCAAACCUUCCGAUGUCGCGCUCAACUUUCUGUCUAAAACCUGCGCCUCGUCGCCAGACGCCAACUCAGGCUGCGCCUAUCAAGAUCCCUCUCCUCAAUCGUUUGGUCAUGGGUUUAAUGAAGCGGGUGGAGCGGUCUUUGCGUUGUUGAUCGAUCAGAAUGUGGGGACGAAGUUGUGGAGGUUCCAGAGGGCGAACGUACCUUCGGAUGUGACCGCUGGAAAUCCCAAUCCGGAUAGUUGGGGUACCCCUUCUGCGUUCUUCCCUACUAGUGACAGUUGUCAGACCAAGGAUACGAUUCAAAAUCAGCAGCUUAUUUUUGAUAUGACGAUUUGUGGUGGUUGGGCAGGGGCUGCGUACACUUCGAUGGGAUGCGGUCAAUCGUGCAGUGAACGUGUUGCGGAUCCUGUGAAUUUCCAGGAGGCCGUUUGGAACGUAAGGAACGUGACGGUUUGGCAACACGUGUAA